AUGCCUCAGGACAUGCCCCCCGUUGGCGGCUACCAGGCCGUGCAGUACAAGCGCAACCUGCCCUCCCGUGGUUUCCGCCCUGGCACCAUGUUGCUUGGUAUGGGACUCGUGAUGGGAUACGGAUGGUACCACCUGAUCAAGGGUAUCCGGGAAGCCAACGAGCUCGCAAGAGAGAAGAUGUGGGCGCGCAUCCACCUCAUCCCGCUCCUCCAGGCUGAGGAGGACCGCGACCAGGUCCGCAGGUAUUACGCCGACCAGGCGAGAGAGAAGGAGCUGCUCGGCGAGAACACCAAGGUCUACCACAACGACAGAUUUGUCCGUCCUACCUUUGCUGUUGUGCCGCAGAACAAGUCUUAA